AUGCGGAUCCUGCUCGGUCUAUUUCUGCUAUUUAUUGCUAGCGCAUUGGGAUUUACGAAAUUGAGACAAUGCAAAACGGGCGAAUAUUUUGUGGAGCCCGAGUGCUGGCUGCACUGCCAUCCAGCACUCAGUCGAUACGUUGGGGUGGAAUCGUGCUGCGGCCUCGCCGGCCAUCGCCUAUCCGGCAAGUGCGAGAACGGGCUGGCGAUGUGUGAAUGCUUGGUGGACAAUCACGUCUAUGAAUAUUUGCCUAUCAAA